AUAAAUCGAGAGAUUGCUUUCAAUUCAACUACCAAAACGACACUUUUGUUUCCAUCUCUAUAUUUUCUCCCAAUUCACUUCCUUAGGGUUUCGUUCAUUUUCUCUCCUCCUCUUUCUUUGCUCUUGCAUUGCGGAGAAAAAGCUGAAAAUCCAACUCUACGUUUUUUUUCUCCAGUGCAUGAUUUACAAUUUUAGGCUUAGAAAAUGGUAGGAACAGGAACUGCAGAUGAUGGUGGUGCACAUGCGGAGCCCCCUGAUCCUGACAUUCUUGAGAUUGAUCCAACUUCUCGAUACAUAAGGUAUAAUGAAGUGCUUGGGAAAGGUGCCUUCAAGACAGUUUACAAAGCAUUUGAUGAAGCUAAUGGCAUUGAAGUUGCAUGGAGCCAAGUCCGGAUUGAUGAGGUCAUACAGAAGCCAGAAGACUUGGAGAGACUGUAUUCUGAAGUGCAUCUCUUGAAAUCCUUGAAACAUAGUAAUAUCGUGCGGUUUUUCAAUUCUUGGAUUGAUGAUAAAAAGAAGACUGUCAAUAUAAUAACUGAGUUGUUCACCUCAGGCAGCCUCAGGCAGUACCGUAAGAAGCACAAGAAGGUUGAUAUGAAAGCAGUGAAGAGUUGGGCAAGACAGAUUUUAGCUGGUUUAGUAUAUCUUCAUAGCCAUGACCCACCAAUUAUACAUAGGGAUUUGAAGUGUGAUAAUGUAUUCAUCAACAGCAACCAAGGUGAAGUUAAAAUUGGUGAUCUUGGGUUGGCCACAGUUUUGAAGCAAUCUAAUGCUAAAACUGUGAUAGAAUCCCUGAAUCUUUUUAUGGGGAUAGGAACCCCCGAGUUUAUGGCACCUGAGCUGUAUGAUGAGAAUUACAAUGAGUUGGUUGAUAUUUAUUCCUUUGGAAUGUGCAUGCUGGAGAUGGCGACUUUUGAAUACCCUUACAGUGAGUGUAGAAACUCAGCUCAAAUAUAUAAAAAAGUUUCAUCUGGAAUAAAGCCUGCUGCCCUUUCUAAGGUUAAUGAUCAAGAGAUGAAACUAUUUAUUGAGAAGUGUUUGGUUCCAGUGCCUCAAAGAUUAUCCGCGAAGGAGCUUUUAAUGGACCGCUUUCUUAAAGCAAAUGCAUCAGCAAAGAAUCAUCGUUUACCACUCCCAGAUAUUGUUAUGCCCAAAAUGGGAGGCUUUGGAGAACGCUGCCUCAUGUCAGAAGCACCUGCUUCCACAAAGAAUAGACCUUCCACAAAGGAUCUUAAUAGUGAUAGCGAGACGCCUGUUAUCAAAUUUCUUGAUAAUUCCUCGGGCAUUGAAGUUCGAAGGACAAACAAAGGCAACAUUUUCAUGUUAAAAGGAGAGACAAAUGAUGAAAACUCUGUAUCGUUAAUACUUCGAAUAGCUGAUAAGAAUGGUCGUGUGAGAAAUAUUCAUUUUAUCUUCUUCAUUGAUAGUGAUACUGCCCUCUCAGUUUCAAGUGAAAUGGUUGAGCAACUGGAACUAGCGGAUCAAAAUGUUGUGUUCAUAGCAGAAUUGAUUGAUUUGUUGUUGCUGAAUCUCAUUCCCAGUUGGAAACCUUGUGUUCCCGUUGAGCAUUUGGUUCCUCCAACUAGGAGACGACCUUCAACAGAUAAACAACGCUCUCUGCAAGAACAUGAUACUAUCACUUCAGGAGAAUCUGAUGAAUCAACAAAGCAAGGUCCUUGUUCUGUGAAAUAUAAUGGAAAAGCAUCUCAUGCCAAUUUGAUGACAGAAAAUUCUGGCUCUGAGAAGUCAUUAGGUUCUGCAAACUAUAAUGAUUUGAAUGAUAAGCCUAGCUCCAUUCAAUCGCUAAUGUCGGCUGAAUCAGGGCCUACGGGCAGUGAUGGAGCAGAAUUAUUGGUCGACGCUCAGAGUAAGUUGAUGAAUCCAGUGUCUUCAUCUCCAUGUGAUGAUUCUGAAGAUGAGGAGUUAAGAAUGGAGCUGGAAAUGAUUGAGCUGCAGUACCAGGAGGCAGUGAAAGAAAUAUCUAAGAUAAGACAUGGCGAUAUCAUGGACACACGAAGAAGAUUGUCGCAGAAGAAUAUGCAGUUGGAUGACAACUAGUUCAUCUCCAUCCCCGUCCUAAGAGGAUAAACGGUAAAUGGCCCUGCAAAUGUACAUAGUCUUCAUUCUUUUUAUUUUUUUUCCGUCUCGGUGAGUGGUUAAGUAGGAAGAGAGAGGCAAUUGUUAAAUACAAGAUUUUGGUAUUCGGAAAUUGGGAGGUUGAAGUUUGGUGUUCAUUUUGGUUUUAUAGAUACCCUGAAUUUAUUAAUAAUUAGGGCAU